AUGGCAGUAAACCUUAGCAAAAAUGGGGCCGCGUUAACAGCGGCCUACAAAGAAGUCGUUAAUGAAAAAUCCGACACCAACUGGGCCUUGUUCACCUAUGAAGGAAACAGCAAUGACAUCCGCCUGGCAGAAAAAGGAGAUGGAGGACUGGAGGAGCUGGUGGAAGAGUUAAACAGUGGAAAAGUCAUGUAUGCAUUCUGUAGGGUCGAGGACCCUAACUCUGGUCUUCCUAAAUAUGUCCUCAUCAACUGGACGGGGGAAGGAGUAAAUGAUGCCAGGAAAGGACUUUGUGCAAAUCAUGUGAGCUCCAUGGCAAACUUUCUUAAGGGGGCCCAUGUGACAGUAAAUGCCCGUGCAGAUGAGGACGUUGAACCUGAGGUGAUCAUGCAGAAAGUGGCUAAGGCGUCAGGAGCCAACUACAGCUUCCACAAAGAAACCUCCAGUCGCUUCCAAGACAGUGGCCCUCAGGGUCCUGUGGGCUCCGUGUACCAGAAGACCAAUGCAAUGUCAGAAAUCAGAAAGACCAACAAGGACACAUUCUGGGCACAGGCAGAGAAAGAGGAGGAGAGACGUCGCCAGGAGGAACGGCGUAGGGCAGAUGAAGAGCGCCAGCAUCUGGAGAAAGAGCGGAAAGAUAGGGAAGUCAAGGAGGCAGCACUGAGGGACAAACGGGACAAGGAAAGGGCUGUUCAAAUUGACCAACAAAAGAAGUACCAGCAGCAGCAGGAGGCUGAGAGCAGAGAGAAAGAGAAACAACGCUGGGAGCAGCAGGGUCAGAUCGAGGCCGCUCAGAAGAAAGCAGUCAGACAAGUGGAAUCUGUGGAAAAAGCCAAUGAGGCAGCUUCCCUAAUCUCUCAACGAGCCAUGAACCCCAGAGAUAUGUUCAAGCAGAGAGAAAGAGGAGUAACUCCCAGUGAUUCCAAUGUGCCCACUGCUGCCCCUUCGAGCCCCCAACCAGGGCGCCUGCAAAGUCCUUUUCUCUCUAAGUAUGAAAACGAGCAGGCAGACUCCCCUCAGCGCCAAGUCUCUCCGGUGCCGGCAGGCCCCGCCUCCCCUGUCCGCGCUGAAGAGCCAGAAGUGGAUGAUGGACAGUCCAGGUGUGAGUAUGACGCGCAGGAGGAAGCCCCCGAGGAGCAAUUGAAAGAGGAAGAGCCAGUUGCAAGCCCUACUGUCCAGGAGCCCAUAAAUGAUGAACCCCCACAGAUUGAGGAGAACAACUAUGGAGUGACUGCUGAGGAGACGCAAGAUCGAGGAAUCUGUGCCCGGGCCUUAUAUGAUUACGAAGCUGCCGACGAUACAGAGAUCUCCUUCGACCCUGAUGAAAUCAUCACCGGGAUCGAGAUGAUAGAUGAGGGAUGGUGGCGAGGCUACGGGCCCAACGGCCAUUUCGGAAUGUUUCCGGCCAACUACGUCGAGCUCGUAUAG